GGUCAUCACCAUCGCAUAGUGUGCCAAAAGAGUAUAUCACAGAGUUUACACUGACUGUAAAUAUGCUGAAAGUCCUGUGUCUCGGAGCACUGGUGGCCGCACUACAGCAAGUGUCAGCUAACCACUUGGCAGUCGGAGAGGGCGGGUAUGCCCCUCCCACUUACGGCAGCCCGUACGGCAGUCCGUAUGGCGGUUCUUAUGGCAGCCCAUAUGGAAGUCCCUACAGCGCCUCACCUUACAGUGCGUCUCCCUACGGCUACUCUCCCUACGGUGCCUCCCCCUACGGAUCCUCUCCUUACGGUUCUCCAUACGGAUCCUCUCCUUACGGUUCUCCCUACGGAUCAUCUCCUUACGGUUCUCCAUACGGAUCCUCUCCUUACGGUUCUCCCUACGGAUCAUCUCCUUACGGUUCUCCAUACGGAUCCUCUCCUUACGGUUCUCCAUACGGAUCAUCUCCUUACGGUUCGCCCUACGGAUCCUCUCCUUACACCACCGGAUACUAUCCAGGAUAUGGAGGCUAUAGCACUGGAUAUGGCGGCUAUCCAGCAUAUGGAUAUCCCGGAUACUGA